AUGAAGACAAUCUCUUUCAUUGUCCUCUUUGCCUCCCUCUUCGUUGCCAAAGCACAAGAUGCUCCCUCAUCAGGACUGCGCGGAACCUCCAAUGUUGCUUCUGCUCUGGGAGCACCUCAAAUUCCUUCCACCCUUCAAGCUACAAACCUUGAUGUUGCUAGUCCACAAGAACAAGUACAACCACAAGAUCGAUCUGUCCUCAUCACCAUCCAAUUUGACAGCAAGUUUCAAGUGGAUUCACACAGAUUUGAACUGACAGAAAAUCAAGUGAAUGGUUGGAGAAAGAUGCAAAUGUGGGGAUCCGUUCCCCGCUCUGGAUUUGUGGCACGCACCAGAGACGACCUGAAGGAAGGAUAUCGCUACGAUUUCGCCAUGACUCCAGAGGUUCCAGAAUCUACCAGGAAUGAACAAGGCAAUGUCAAGGUGGAAAUCUUGGAUAUCACUCAUGUCCAGGGGAAUGUACAAGCCAUUGAUACAUUGAUCGAACAAGGAGUGCUUGUGUACUCGUUUGAAGAAGAGUUAGCUCACUUGCUGCAGACAGAACAGGACAUUUUCUUCACUUUUUCCAUGUAA